GAUGUGGAUUUGUUCGAAGCGCUCAAACAGGAUAGCACAACUUGCUACACUAUGAAGGAGCUACUUACAAAAGUCAACCUUGCUACCUGCUCUUUGCCAGUCAGCAUUAUCUUGUUCGAUCUUCAAUCUCUGCUAGACAAUGUGACUGGGUGCCUUCUCCAAGAUGAAUUUGCUACCAGAAAGGUCCAAGAAAAACGAACUGCAAUGGAUGCUGCUUAUGAGCAUGCUUCGAAACUCUCUCAAGAAGCUGAGGAUCAAGCCAUGCAUCUAAAGCAAGCAAAAACUGAUUAUGAAGCUCGAGCUGAGUCUAUCCUUCUCUGGGAAAGGCAAAUUCAGGAACUUCAACAGAAGGUUAAGGAGGCUCAAGAACACCAAUUAGCCUACGAAACCAAUACUGCUGGCAACCAAUUCGAAGAGCUCCUCAACAAAGGACUUGCAGAAAUGGAAACCGCAGAACAACUCAAGGGAGAAGUGGCUACCUUAGAGGGAGCAAGACGUUUUACUCAACAAAGGCUUGAGUCUUUUUGA